UGUUCAUAGUUAUGAAGCUAUGUAGCUUGUAUGUUCUUGUAUUAUAUUUUUACUGUACACAUUAAAUUGUUACAUUUGCUCUGGUCAUUACAUUUAACUUGAGCUAUAAUCGAUUUGUCUGGCCACAUACUAUAAAAGUAGCAUUUACGGACGCGACUGCUCUCCAGUAGGCACAACCAUGCAGAGAAUUGAAGUGGUAAGCUGCACUACUGACAAUUUUCUUUCACUACAGCUCUUAUCCUUGCAGAUGACUUUGCUGCUGCUGGCAUUGGUUUGCCAAUGUAGAGCCAAGGCUGAAGAGCUGAAAGCCCCCAUACCCGAUGACGAUGAAAGUCUUUCAGAUGCUAGACCAAAAGGUGCAGUGCAGCAUGCAGAAGAAAGGGCAACAGAAGCAAGCAAGCUUGUUAAAGGAAAAGGUCCUGCAGAAAGAGAUGCAACUGCAGUUCAAAAGGAUGAUAAACCAACAACAGCUGCUAAUGCUGCCGAAGGAAAAACAGGCGCAGAGCAUCAUGCAGAAGAAGGCACAACAGAAGGAACAAAGCUUGUUAUGGAAAGAGAUGCCACAGAAGAUGCAACUGCUCAACACGAUGUUCAACACGAUGAUGAAGCAACAGCAGCAGCAAGUCCCGCCGAAGGAGAAACAACAGCAGCAGCAGCAAGUCCCGCCGAAGGAGAAACAGCAAGUCCUGCUGAAGGAGAAACAACAGCAGCAGCAAGUCCUGCUGAAGGAGAAACAACAGCAGCAGCAAGUCCUGCCGAAGGAGAAACUACUGCAAACACAACGGCUGCCGAAGGUGAAACAACAGCAGCUCCUGCAGAAGGAGCCACAGAAGAAUCAGCAACUGGUGCAGAUGGCGCAGACGGAGUAACAAAUACAACUGAGCCUGUUGCUGGAGAAGACGAACAGUCCGGAAGCACAGAUGUUACUACUCCAGCUGAUAAAGCUGCAACUGAUUCAGAUGAUGAUGGCACAAAGUCCACAAAGAUGAGAGAUCUGCUAACCUACCAGCCGUCCUACGAGGUUGAUAAUGCUGGUUUCCCCUUUGAGAGUCCAAAUAAAAUGAGUAAAUUGGGCUCACGCCAUGUCAAGGCGCACGAUGGUUUUCACAACUUGAAGAGGGAACGCUAUUGGGCGCACUGGAAUGAUGCGUUUACCAAGAAAGAUGGAAGUGAUUAAUAAAUAAAGUUUACGCGAUAGUUUUGCCUUUUCAUUUCAAUUAAAGCAGAGCCCACAGCCAAUGCAAUUAGUUAAGCAGUAACUUUAACUUUGGUUUUUGUUAAGAGAUGCAUUGGUUGACAUUGCUGUUCUGCCUGCUAAUGCUGGUGAAGACAGGAGUUCCAAGAGUACGGCAUGUAGUCGCUCAUGAUGGUUUUCAUGAUAUCAACAGGGAGCCAGCAUUGAAGCAGGGCAUACAUCGAGUGAAGCCCAAGCAUUCAUAAUGCCAAUCGCAUGCAAUCUU